AAAGUUGAAAAUAACGUCUUCCUGGUGUUUAUUUAUUUUUGGUUUUGAUUACCAUCUUAAAAACAAAGAUGGCGUCAAGUCCAAAGGAUAAGUUUGAAGCAGCAGUGAAAGUGAUUCGAGGUUUACCUAAAAAUGGCUCUUUUCAGCCUUCUCAUGAACUCAUGCUCAAGUUUUACAGUUAUUAUAAACAAGCUACAGAAGGACCUUGCACUGCAGCAAAACCUGGGUUUUGGGACUUAGUUAAUCGUAAAAAAUGGGAAGCCUGGUCAAACUUAGGUGACAUGGAAAGUGAGACAGCCAUGUUGAUGUAUGUGGAUGAGUUAAAAAAAGUGAGCAUAGAUGUUCGGAAAACUUACUAUCCACCGCAGAUUGUAGAAACCAUGCCACAGACUAAUGCAGUCACAGAGUUCCUACAGAAACUAGAUAACUUCUAUGAGAUGGUGGAGGACAGUGAGAAUCAGAACACACUCAAGCUCCUUGACAAGCCCUGGCCUAAUGGAGCACCGGAAGACAAUGAGGAUGAAACCCUGACUCACUCCUAUAAUGUUAAUGAGCUGUUGAAACAGGACUUAAAGAAAUGGCAGGACAGUUCUUUCAUAACUAAUGGGGACAGCAAGCCUCAAAUAAAUGGUAUUGGUAGUAGCAAUGGACAUGAAUCACUUCCUCAUCAAAAUGGAGGCAGCAGAAGUGAAACAGAAAGUGAUGAAACUGACUUAGGAGCAGAAGAGGAAGAAGAUUCCCAAGAGGAAGUGAACUCUGACCUUAUUCAGAAUGGAGGCUGGGAAGAGUUCAAAGAGGAAAAAAUAUUCCUAGAGUCUGUGAAUGAUAGCGAGACAGAGAGUGAGGAAUUCUGUGAUACAUCCGAUGAGCCUCUUGAGGCAGCAGUCCCUAGUUUUGCUCAUUUAUGUGCUAGCCAACUCUCAUCUGUGUCUGAAUUCUCAUCGACGCCAAUCCCUAAAGCCAGGGUGGUUCACUUUGACCCAAGCAUUGGCCAUUCAGGGUCUGACCAUGCCCUUGAUGACAGCCUCAUUGUGAAUGUCACAGCCAAGACUGGAGAUCUGUCAUCAUUAGAAACUCAGGCUGACUCAGACUGUGUGCUGAGGUCAAAGCUCAAUGGUUCUUUUGAAGAAAACUGUGAUGUUUCCAUGUGCAGGGGUGGUGAUAGUGAUGAGAGGAGGCACAAAUCUGAAGGUUCAGAGGCCAGAGGUUAUAGUUCAACUGGAGGAGGAAGAGGGAGACACUUAGGCAGUGGUGAUGGUGGUCAAAGUGGCCAUGGAAACCCUGGAGCUGGCAGUGGUGGUGGACGUAGGGGGCUGUUUCCUAACCCUGGAGGUGGUGGGGGCAACAGGGGAAGUGACACUGGAGGAAAGCCACAGCCAGUUGACUUAAAUGAACAGAUUGUCGUCACUUUGUUGAGGCUGCAGCAUGACAUGAGUGGAGUUUUGAAGCGAUUGAACAGUCUAGAAGAGUUAGUCCGAGCAGAGAAAAUGGCAAGAGAUAAAAAAGACACGUUGUCAAAGGGAUGGUGGCCUGUACCAGAGUUGUCUCCCAAAACUGCUCUCCUAAUAAUUGUCUGGCCAUUUGUAGCGCAUUUCCUUUUGAAGUAUUUCAGCCAAAAACACAGGAGGUCCUAGUAUCAGCCAUAGAUAUCAAGUGUUACCAAUGUUGAAGUGCUAGAGAUUACUUAAAGACAGUAUAAUAAGAUAGAAAGAGACCAGGAUUAAUUUCUUUUGUUUUCUAAUUUGGUUUUAAAGACUUGUCAGGAACAUGGUUUUAAAUACAUAAUUCCAUUUUUUAAACUUUUUAGUGGACAUCACUGUGAUUGUACAUGCCUUUAAGAAGCAGUAAUUCACAUACCUAUGUACACUAAAUGGGCUACAUUUUUAUAGUAAAUAUUAACACUGCAAAUUAAAUAAAUGCAACAUUAAUAUCUUUUUUGGUUCAAGGAUUUGAUAUUGAAUGAUUUAUAAAUAUUUUAAUAUCUUUAAUAUCUUAAUAAUGAUUUAGUUGAUUGUAAAUCAAAUAAAUUCUGUGGGUCAUUUAAUUAUUAACUUUAUUGAAUAUUAACUGACUUAAAGGUUUAUGUUUUUUUUUAAACAAUUUAUAAGUAUCACGUAAGACUACAUUAAUCUCAUUCAUCUAUGGUUUAAACUUUUAAUUUAAUAUAGUAUAUAGUCUGAUUUGUUUAUUUGAUUUUUUUAAUAGGAGGAAACCCUAAUGGUUCAUUCUACAAACUUUCUUUUUUUUUUUAGAUUAAGUCUUUGCUAUACAAUUAGUUAUAUAGAUCACAUAAUUAUACAUUAGCCUUCAUUCUAAAUACUAGGUCAGUAUUUCAAUGGUGUGAAAACUUUAGGGUGAGUCCAUCCUGUCACAAAAUGUCUUUUGUAAGGGGGAGACAAAAAAAAAACAAAACUUGAUUUAGAAAAAAUGGAAGAUGAUAUAUGAUCAAUGCAAGGGGAGCAAGCCUGAUAAAGUGCUUUUUUUGGUCUACUUUGCUCCCUUUAUUUGUUUUGCUUUCAAGUGAAGUCUCUUAUGUGAUAAGACUUCAGAAUUUAACUUGAACACUUUUUGGUGGUCACUCUGGUUGAACAAUUCAUAUGAACAUAUUUAAACAGCUGUGUGCAAUAUUUUAUUUUGUGUAUGUGUGUCUACAACUUUCAGGUCACUUUGUUGUUGGUACAUUGCAAAUGUUUGCCACAUGUACAUUCCAAAAUGUAUUGACACUGACAUAUGUAUAUAAUGUUUUAGUGUGCCUUGUACACAUGAACUAUGAAAUAAAAUACAAUUUUUACUUUU